GGCGGCGGCGGAGCGCGCACAGCUACUUGGCCUGGCGUGAAAAAAGGAAGCGCUGACCCCGGGAGUCUGGACAAAGGCUUUGGGCUCUAGCAGCGGUGCCUUCGGCUGAUCCCCGUCCGAGGAUUGAUGGAUGUUGGGGCGGUCCCGUGCCGUGCGGAGUCGCCUUCAUGUGCAGUGCCUGUGGGGGACCGUGGCUCUGUCUUCGUGCCUUUGGGUUUCCUUUUAACCAUCCACGUUGUCAGAGGAUAAGAGGCAGGUCAUCAUGAGGAGUAAUUGUGGACUGGGGCUCGAUUAUUUUAUGCAGGGGAAAUUCAUGCGUUUAGAGUUGGAAUGUGCUUUAUCAUAGCUGGGUUUUAAGGAAUUUUCGCUCCCUCACCAAGUUUGGGAAAUGACUUGUUCCUCGCUAGUUAAAAUCAAAUGGAUCUGAAAUGAUGCCUGUUUAAACGUAGCCUCCCUCCAGUGUCCCUCUCGGGCUUGAUUAGAAGGUGCGCAUUUCUUGUUCAGUGAUAAUGGUGAUCAAGGGGGAUGAAUUGUUGGAUAAAAAUAGCAAAAUGAGUUUACUUAUUUCACUGACUUGCCCGUAAAUGAGCUUUUAAGGACCCAUUUCCUUUCACAGGUUAGACUCACCGAUCUCUGUCUUUAAAUCAACAGUUACAAAAAAUACUUUUGUUGCAUUCAGAAGUCGAAAAAUUUUAAGUGCUUUAGAGUAUUCUGUUUUGUUUAUUGUGUAAUGUUCUAAGGAUAGAAUUUCUGCAGAAUUUGCUUAAGGAAAUUACAUGGCAACCACAGGAAAAGUGCUCAUUUUGAGAACUGAUCUCUUAUAGGUGGUCUUCUUGUGUGGUAUUGUAGAGAGAUCCAUGGUGCAUUACCCUAGUGUCUCAAGGGCAAGAAAGUUUAAGCAUUAGAUAUAUUUAACUGUGACAAAUUAAAAGUUUUUUUUUUAUAUAGUUUGCUUGAAUUGAAUUCACGAGGUUUGUGCUCAUGAACUGCUUAGCGAAAAUACUUUUUAAAGUUAGGGAGCGUCAGUUACUAGGAAUCUUUUGAGUUUGACGUGUUCCUUGAAACAUCGCUAACUUUUCUUGUAGAUUUAUUAUGUUCUCAGGGUAAAUCCCUUUAAAAAAAAAAAUUGGAUGGGACAAAUGAUGUGCACUUACGCUGCUUUCUAAAAUAUUUUAAAAGUAUAAAAGGAGCUAAGUCAGUUUGCCUAAGUAGGAGUCUUAGAACUUGAAUGGGGACAACUAUUCCAGAAUCCAUUUAUAGUUUUUGUUAAAACGCUGGUGUGGAUGUUGGUUUAUUGAAGAAACUAGGCUUGUACUCGAUUUUUUUUGUACUGUGCAGAUUUUUCUUUUAAAUAGAUGAUUUUUUAAGAGCAGUUUUUUAGGUUUAUAGCAAUAUUGAGCAGAAAUUACAGAGAUUUCUCAUAUACCUACCAUGCAAGUAUUUUAAUAGUAAAUUUCAAUAGUUUUAAUACCAGUUUGAGAUUGAUAAUUAAGAUGUAGAAUGUGCCAAGUAAUUUAUUGUUUUUUUUAGUUUAGCUUAUAGUUUAAAAACUUUUAUCUGUGGACCCUUUUCAAAGGAAAAUAGACUUUGCAGACCUCAAAGAAUAUGUGUUCAGACCCCACUUUGUGGAAGAGUGGUACUUAGAUGUAAGUACCAAAUUAAAGCAACCUUUAUUUGCACAUUAAAAACAAAUUCAUGAUGAUUAAUUUAGCAGUUCUUAAAAACUUAUUUGGAAAGACUACAUUAAAUAUUGUUUGGGUAUCUCUGAAAGUAUUAGAUGUGAAUUUCCUUAAACACUAAGUUGAGAUUUUUCAGUAGUUAAUAUUGAUAGUCCCCAGACAUCCCAAAUUAAUGUAUUUUUAUUAUAUUUUUACUUUUCUACAUUGUCAUUUGUGUUUCUUCAUUAAAACUCAGAACACUUGUUUGAAAUGGAAUAAACUUAUUAGCUUAAGAAGAUUUGGUAUUUAUCUGAACAUUUUCCGUUUGCCUUGAGAGGAAUUUUAAUAGUAAUUCUUUUAGGAGUUUAAGGAGUAAUUGAGUUUAAGAUAUGGAAUAGUAGUAACUGAGAUUUUUUUAUGUUAGGGAUAUUUUAGUAUUUGCCUUAAUUAUAUUUGGUUCCAUGUUUGGAAGUGUGAGCUGUAUAUGUAGAACUUAACAUUGUAUCCAAAUGAUAGCCAUUGUUUGGAUUUUGUUUUAAAAAUUAGUGUUUGAAUUUGAAAUGUUAGUGUUUAUUUUAUCAUUUGAAUGGUUGCUCUUUUAAUUUGAUUUGGUUUUAUGUUUUGAAAGGGAGAAUUGCUAGAGAGUUGGAUAUAAUAAUGAGUUAGGUGUUUGGUCUUUCCAUGGUUGGAAGAAAUAGAGAGUUUUAGGGAAUUUUUUGCUGUUUUUAAAUUGCCAUUUAACUUGUGGAACAGUUGUCUUUCUUUUUUUUUUUUAAGUGUAUGUAAAAUUUAUAUAAAGUGAAAUGCACAGACCUUAAAGAUAGAAUUCAUUUAGCCUUAAUAAAUUUAUACACCCAUGUAACCAACGCUCCAAGUAAAAUAUAUAACAUUUCCAUCAUCCCCUUUCCUUGUACCAUUUCCAAUCAAGUUUAGUUUAUAGAAGUUUUUUUGUUUUUAAAUACUUUGCAGAUGUCUGCUUGGAAUUUGUACCUCCUUUUUGCUAGAGGAUGAUUCAUUUCCUCUUGGAAUAAAGAAGACCAUCUUGUAAUGCCCGUAGUUGUGGUUCCUUAUAUUACUUCACUUUUUAAAUAGGUCAUUCUGAAGUGAAUAUCCUAAUCUGGCGUUGUUUAAGAUCAAUUACAGGGUCCUGGGAUUAAUUAUAUUUCAUUUUCUUUCCACAGUUAAGUUGCUUUUACAGAAUUAACAGGUCUCCAAGAAAUAAUAAAAAGGUCAUUAUUGCUGUGAUUUGAGCUCAGCAUGGCAGUAGUCAUCCGUUUACUGGGGCUUCCUUUUAUUGCUGGGCCUGUGGAUAUUCGCCACUUUUUCACGGGAUUGACUAUUCCUGAUGGAGGAGUGCAUAUAAUUGGAGGGGAAAUUGGGGAGGCUUUUAUUAUUUUUGCAACAGAUGAAGAUGCAAGACGUGCCAUAAGUCGUUCAGGAGGGUUUAUCAAGGAUUCAUCUGUAGAGCUCUUUCUUAGCAGUAAGGCAGAAAUGCAGAAGACCAUAGAAAUGAAAAGAACUGAUCACUUAGGAAGAGAGCGGCCAGGAUCUGGGGCAUCAAGGGUUGGCUGCUUACCUAAUUUUGUUGAGGGUAUUAAAGAAGAAGCAAGUAAUUCUGGAUAUGGCUCUCCGAUUAAUCAAGAUGCUGGGUUUCAUACUAAUGGUACAGGACAUGGUGAUUUAAGGCCAAGAAAGACACGGCCAUUGAAGGCAGAGAAUCCUUACUUGUUUCUGCGAGGUUUGCCUUACUUAGUAAAUGAAGAUGAUGUACAUGUGUUUUUUUCUGGUUUGUGUGUGGAUGGAGUAAUUUUCUUAAAACAUCAUGAUGGCCGGAAUAAUGGUGAUGCCAUAGUAAAAUUUGCUUCAUGUAUUGAUGCUUCAGGAGGUCUUAAAUGUCAUAGAAGUUUUAUGGGCUCCAGAUUUAUAGAAGUAAUGCAAGGCUCAGAACAACAGUGGAUUGAGUUUGGUGGUAGUACAGGUAAGGAGGGCGACGCUCCUGUGAGAACUGAAGAACAUUCUCCACCGAGAGGAGUAAACGAUAGACAUUUUCGAAAACGAUCUCAUUCAAAAUCUCCCAGAAGAACACGUUCUCGUUCCCCUCUUGGAUUUUAUGUUCACUUAAAAAAUCUGUCCCUGAGUAUUAACAAAAGAGAUUUAAGGAAUUUCUUUAGAGAUACUGAUCUGAGUAAUGAACAGAUUAGGUUCUUAUAUAAAGAUGAAAGAAGAACGAGAUAUGCCUUUGUGAUGUUCAAGACUCUGAAAGACUAUAACAGUGCCCUGGGCUUACAUAAGACUGUUUUACAGUAUCGUCCGGUUCUUGUUGAUCCGAUUUCUAGAAAACAGAUGCUGAAGUUCAUCGAAUGUUAUGAAAAGAAGAGACCGGCAUCAAUAGAGAGAGAGAGGCUUGGACAUGUUUCGCAAAAACACUCUCAAGAAGGCUACUCCGGCCAGAAACUGUGCAUAUAUAUAAGAAAUUUUCCAUUUGAUGUUACAAAAGUUGAAGUGCAGAAGUUCUUCGCAGACUUUCCUCUUGCUGAGGAUGACAUUUACUUGCUUUAUGACGACAAAGGAGUUGGUCUGGGAGAAGCAUUGGUGAAAUUCAGAUCAGAAGAACAGGCCAUGAAAGCUGAACGUCUCAACCGUCGAAGAUUCUUGGGGACAGAGGUGCUGUUAAGACUCAUAUCUGAGGCACAAAUGCAGGAGUUUGGUGUAAAUUUUUCCUCGCCGUCCAGUAAGAGAAGGCAAGACCAUUCGCAGUCACGUGACCGAGAUGACCCGUCCCACUCACUGGACCCGAGUGACCCGCCCGUGUACGCUGUGGGCCUUUCUGAACACUUGAGGCGUCGGCAAGAAGACUCGAGGCAGCCGGGCCACUUCAGGCACCCGCAGGGCGAUUUCCCGCCGCCUGGCCGGUGCCCUCCGGAAGACUUCCGGCAGUCUCCGGACGGCUUCGGGCACCCUCGGGAGGGGCACUUCCGGAGGCCUCCCGAGGACGACUUCGGGUGCCCCUGGGAGGAUUUUAGGUGCCAUCCGGAAGAGGACUGGAGGCGGCCCCCUGAGGAGGACUUCCGGCAGCCUCCCAAGAAGGGCUUCCGGCGAUCCCCUGAGGACUGGAGGCGGCCUCCCGAGGACGACUGGCGGCGACUUCCCGAGGGAGAGUUCAGACGGCCGCCUGAGGAUGACUGGAGACGACCCCCAGAGGAUGACUUUAGGCGGCUCCCCCAGGCGGAAUGGAGGCGACGACCUAAGGAGGACUUCCGGCGGUACCCUGAGGAGGACUUCCGGCGAAUUGCAGAGGAAGACUUCAGGCAACUUCCCGAGCGGGACUUCAGGCGGCCACCGGAGGAUGACUUCCGACGGACUCCGGAGGAGGACUUUGGGUAUUCUGAGGAGGACUUCCGGCGGCCGCCCUCGGAACACUACCGGCGGCCGCCCCACGAGCACUUCCGUCGGCCCCCCCAGGAGCACUUCCGGAGGCCGCCCCUGGAGCACUUCCGGCAGCCCCGAGAGGAGGAGCUCAGGCGCCCGCCGGAGGAGGAGUUCAGGCGCCUUCCGGACGAGGACUUCCGGAGCCCGCGGGAGGAAGGCUUCCGGUGCCCUUCCGACGAGGACCUCAGGCGGCUCCCGGAGGAGCUCGGGGAGGCUGCGGAGGACUCGAGGGCCCCGGCAGACCUGGGGCCGCCCGGCGAGGCGUUCAGGGGCGCGUCCGAGGAGUUCCGAGGCCAUCGCCCUUUCGUGGAUUUCGGUCGCCCAGAAGGUGGCAAGUUUGAUUUUGGAAAGCGUAACAUAGGGAGCGCUCCUGAGGAGAGGUUCCUGCCCGACCCAAAGUUAAACUGUAGUUCAGGUAGAAUAACACCCAUUAAGGUCAUGAAUCUCCCAUUCAAAGCUAAUGUGAACGAAAUUCUGGACUUCUUCCACGGAUACAGAGUCCUGCCCGGCUCGGUGACGAUGCAGUACAGCGAGCAGGGCCUGCCCACGGGGGAGGCCGUCGUCGCCAUGGCCAGCUACGCCGAGGCCGUGGCCGCCAUCCGGGACCUGAACGACAGGCCGGUGGGCCCGCGCAAAGUGCGGUUAAUUCUGCUCUAGAGGGGGCUUCGCAUUCAGCGUUCACCCCCUCCCCCAGUACUGACGCAGUAAAACGCAUUUAUGUUUUUUAAAAAAGUGUUUAUUUUAAUUAUCUAAUAAAAAGGAACGUUUUAAAUUUGACCUGUGACUAGAACAAAUGUUAGUAGUAGAAUGUAAGUCUAGCUUUCUUUUGCUUGCAGAUUGUUUACUUCUAAUGAAAGCUCUGUGGUCUUCUCGUUUGACAGUGGGGAAGAGGAAUAGCCCCGGCGCGUUAACUUUGUGUUGAUGUCACGGGCAGACCUCAAGACCUGUAUAAGUAGAGCUGUGUUUGGAGAAGAUACCUCUUAUAUUCGCUUCUGUUUGCAUUCUGUAGUCUACACCUUCUACUCAAAAUGUAUAAGGAAAUGGUCAGUAACUGUUUGUUCAGGGUUAGCAUUUUCUCUGCUGCCUGCCUGCAGAAUUAAUGCCCUCCUCCUUGUCUGAUGUUACUGUGUGACGCUUCCCAUUAAUUAUAAAUACUUCAACAUGAACAUACUGUGAAGUUGAAAUUAUGUAAGAAGUUAGGAGAUUCUUACUUUCAAUUUGAAAAGUUUUAUAAAAAUAAAAAAAAUUACAACUGAAUAGACCAACUAAUUAACUUGUAUUUGUAUAAAAGGUAAAAAGAAUUACAGCUGCUUUUGUGAAGUUUUCCAACAGCUACAUUAAACAAUAUGAUAGGAGGGACCAAACAUUCUGUAAUACUAGCGUAGAGUGUUAUGUAUAGUUCUAUGGUUUCUUCAACAUCUCAUCAACCAAACUGGUAAUAUUAACUCAAACUACUUAAAAGACAAAAAAUAAAGUAAUUGUAAGUAUAAGGAAACUCAGGCUUAUGCUGGGAACUCCUGAUAAAUGGGUAUAGUUUGUGUUUCUAGGAAGAAUUUUCUGAUGAUUCAUGUAGCUUUAUUCUUAGGUUCUCUUUUUCUUUAAUUUCAAAACUUUGUAUCUAAAGACUCAAUAACUAAAUAAGACUUUUUUGAGAUAGAAUUUUGACUUUGAUACUCAGUAUUCAGUAUAAACAUUUUGUAAGUGCUGGA